GAGAUUAGUUUUUUCUUCAUUGAUUCAGCAACGAAGCAGAAACAAAUCACUUUUGCUUCCUCACACCGCUACCGCAAGUAGUAUUCGCUCUUCUCACUUUGCUCUGCUCUUCCUCUCUCUCUCUCUCUCUCUCUAUACUUCAAAGCUUCCCAACUUCACGGAACCAGGUUCAAAUUGUUGAAAGCGAGGUGUUCGCCUAUCGAGGGGCAUUGUGCAUACAUAAUUUUAUGAAUCUUCUUUGUUGACUACAAAGUUUAUUUAGAGGAGCCAUGCAAAAAGAUAGUGGUUCCAGUGCCCUAGCAACGUCUACCGGACGGCUUCGUCGCCGUAGAGGCUCAAAUGAGAUUCCUCCCGAUGUUGGUAAAGCAAAUGGAAGUCAUUUACUUGUUAAUGAUCGAAACAAAUACAGGUCAAUGUUGAUUCGUGCGUAUUCAUCUAUUUGGAUGAUUGGGGGCUUUGCGUUCAUAAUCUACAUGGGUCAUCUCUAUAUCAUGGCCAUGGUCAUUGUUAUCCAAAUUUUCAUGGCAAGAGAGUUGUUCAAUCUGCUUAGGAAAGCGCAUGAAGACAGUCACCUCCCAGGAUUUAGGCUAUUAAAUUGGUAA